AUGGCAACCAUAUGUCAAGAAACUCAACCUCUUCUUCUAGACAUGAAGGUUACAAUCCAUAAAACUUCAAUGGUUUUUCCAUCAAAACAAACCGAGAAGAAAUCCUUGUUCUUAUCAAACAUAGAUAAGGUUCUCAAUUUCGACGUUAAAACGGUUCACUUUUUCGAAGCAAACAACGAUUUCCCUCCUGAAAUAGUGACCGAGAAGUUGAGAAAAGCUCUGGAAGAUGCUCUGGUGGAUUAUGAAUUCCUUGCUGGAAGAGUGAAGAUGAACUCUGAAACCAAUAGGUUGGAGAUAGAUUGCAGUGCAGAAGGUGUUGGAUUUGUUGUGGCUUCUAGUGAGUAUACGUUGGAUCAAAUUGGAGACUUGGCUUACCCUAAUGAAGCCUUUACACAAUUUGUACACAACACCAAAGAGUUUUUGAAGAUAGGCGAUAUACCUCUAUGUGUUGUUCAGUUGUCCCCCAAGUCAUUGUUGUUACUUGGAAAUGCAAGGAUUGAGGUUCAUUGGUUUCCCUCUAUUUUCAUAUUGUACCCCCCGGGUGAACCCCUGCUUAGCCAAUGUGGAAAUGGAAAAUCUCGAGGUGCUGGAUGUGGUUCUCUAGAAGUUAUAGCCCCUUAUGCAGACACUAUACAUAUUAGUGAUAGUUUUGACUAUAUGAGGAGUUCUGAUAAUGGUGGUGAUGAAUCUGGGGGUCUUCGGGGGGACGAGGGUCUGGAGGAGCCUGUGGAGAAGGAUACAAGGGCUAACCCAUUUAGGUUUGAUAUUAAGGAGAUUGGUCAUGGUUUCUCUUUCACUGAAGUGCAUGUGGAAAACCUAGAAAGGGUUGAGAAUUACUAG